CCUAAGUGCUAUCGUGACAGCUUAUCUAGUUAGAAAAAAAAUAAACAAAUAAAUUUGGAAAUAUGUGGAAAUCUGUAAAGACUAUUAAAUAUAUAUAUUGAUAUUUGUUAUACCACAUAAGAUGACUUCGGAAAUGCAAAGUAAUUCGCUUACUUUUGAAAAAGCUCUACGAAUUGUGUCCCCUUCUAUAAAUUCCUCAGAUCUAUAUAAAUUACUAACAUUUAUUAGAAAAUCUGUAGAAUGGCCAAAACAUAGGAAGAACAUAAUCAAAAUUCAUAAGUCUGGAUGUAUAAAAACGUUUCUGGCUUGUUUGAAUCAUGAUGGAAAUAAGAUUAUUGCUGUUUCUUUAAGUAUUUUAGGAAAUUGUUGUUUGGAGUCCAACUGUUCAAAUGAAGUGGCUUUCAAAGGUUUAAAUGAUCUUCAUAAUCUACUGCAGAGAUGUUCGAAAGAUGAUAGUGUAAAUGGGAGAAUAUUCAGAAUCAUAGGUAAUAUAUGUCAACAUAAUAUAAGUAGCUUUAUUCUGAAAAGUAAGAGCCAUGUAUUCACCUACAUACUAAAAUUUAUACAGAAAUAUGUUGAUGAUGAUGACAAUAAAGUUAGUGAAGCUACCAUCAUGAUGGCUGUAAGAGCUGUAAGCAAAUUCAUGGACCGGCAAACAUAUAUUACUCUAGUUGAUAAGUAUGAAAUGUUGAAACCCAUAGGUGCACUUUUUAUCAAACGUUCUACAAGAUGGACAUCUGAAAAAAAAGAAGAGGCUGUUUUAAAAAACAUUAUAACAUUUUUAUAUCAAUUUUCCAAAUACAAAUAUGGUGCUGGAAUAACUCAGCUCAGAACUACAUCUGAAGGAGAUUGUCUUAUGUAUUUCCACCAGAUUUUACCACUCGCUCCUCAAACAAUAGUGAACACAGUAAUGAAUUUUAUAUCUGUCAGUACCCUGAAGUCGGAUAUACCAGUUAAGGACAUAACUGCAGGUUUUGUAAAGUUACUGAAGAAUGCAUCAGUAAACAAAGACGAAAUCAAGAACGAACAUAAAGAUUACAUAAAAUGCCUGUGCUUCCUAUUAGAUGAUCCAAUCAAUAGAGAUCCUAAUCGAUGUGAUGAUACCAUUCCUCAGCUGAUAAGAACGCUAGAUGAUGUAGAAAAUCCUAGCAAUGAUGUGAUAGAAAUACUGUGCUUGAUAUUAGAAACAUUUGAGAGAUGUAAUUAUCAUCAAAAUAUUAUGAAGCAACAACUGCAGAACAAUAUGAUCGAGGUUCUGGUGAGAAAAUUAGAAAAUCUGCUGGGUAGCCGAAAAUAUUUGAAAAUGAAACACGUAUUAGUGAAAAAGAAGAAAAAAAAAGUGAAAUCAACAAUGUGCAAUGAAAAGCCUUUCUGGGAUUCGUUGCCAAGUUCAAGUGAUGAAGAAAUGGACACUUCCAUCAAUCGUUUACCCCCCUUUCGGCCAUCCAGUCCUGGUUCUGGAAGUGAUUCGGAAAUGUUUAUCUCGCCAUGGUCUUCACCUAGAGCUCCUACUCCACCAGCUGAAUCCACCACAUUCUAUCUACAGGAGAGCGAUUCCGAGGACUACUCCCCAGUCUGCAGCGAAAACGAAUCAGAGGAUGAACCCAUGCCUAAUGUUAUCCACAGUGAAAUUGAAGAUUUCACUGAAACUGAAAAAAAUUCCGAUUCUGACAAUAUUCAGGAGAGCGUUGAGAAAAUCUCUGAAGAAGACUUGAAGUACCGUCUAAUCCAUCAUUCUCUUUCGCUCUUGAAGGCUUAUUCAUUCAUUCAACCUUUACCUUCUCAGUUAUGUUCAGAUGCCUUAUUGAUGAUUCUGGUUAAAUGUGCCUGUUAUUUCGAGUCGACAAGUAGAGCGACCCACAUAGCUAAAUCUGUCAUAGUGAAAAUUUUGUCAGUUCAUGACCAUCUUAUACCACUGAUGCAAACUGGAGUCAUCUCUGCGGUGUUUUCUUUACGUAAAACAGAUCACGGUUCUGAUUGUGAAACAUGUUUUCACUUUGAGAGUAUAGGCGAUCAAGUAUUAGAAAAGUUUACUGAACUAAUUGAAUCUGGAUGUGGAAGAGGAGAUAUCGCGAAUAGACUCAUUUGUGGGAAUGAAGUACUAAAAAGGCAGUUGGUUAUGGCAAUUCCAUAUAUUGUGAAGUGCAGAACUAUCUUAUACACCUUUAUGGUUUCUUGCAAGGGUUUAAAAAUCUUGAUCAAUUGUUUGAAAGAUGAAGAAACACUUCGGAGAAAAUGUCUUAAAGUUAUUUGUGUUCUGGCCAGUAAACAUUCAAAUAUGCUUGGUCGUUGUACGUUUAGUCCAACGAAAGAGAAAAUAUUCAUAGGGAACUACGAAAUUUCAGAAAACUGCAAGAAUGUUGUGACCUUUGUCCUGGAUGAUGAUUCCCGUUUAUGUGCAGAUCGAGAUGUCCUUUGUGAAAAAUCGCCUUAUUUCAACGCUUUACUGAGUGGAUCGUUCAAAGAAUCAAAUGAGGAGCAUGUGAAAUUACAAGAUACCAACUAUAGUUCACUGAAAUGUUUGAUAUAUCUAUUGAACUGUGACCUUGACAUGUCGAAACCCAAAGAUAUACAGUUGGAAACAGAUACCAUCCUUGAUAUGAUUAUCCUCUGUCACCGAUAUCUAUUAGAGGAACUGUGCCUUUACCUGACCUUAUGUGUUAAGCAGUUUUGUUUAUCACCUGAAAACCUUGUAACUAUUUACAAAUGGUCUUUAGAGUCGAAUACCAAUAUUCUGAGGACAGAAUCGUUAACUUAUGCAUUGAACGGGGCAGCCAGAGUAUGUGAUGUGAUAAAUAUGUUCAUGAAACUUUUCGAUUUAGGAUUUAUGGAAAUACUCGUUGAAGAUAUAGAAACAUUGAUAUUGAGCAAUAUCACAUGGGACUAUUUUAAUAGAUAGUAACAGAAUUUAAAUAUUUAUCUAUACUCGGUGAGUUUUAAGUAUCUAAGGCCUCAAUUAUCUCAGAAACAAAUCGCACGAUUUUUAUAGAUUUUGUUGUGCAAGGACCUUAUGAUAUGGAUGAUAUUUGGUAAUGUUGUCAAAUGUUUCCUUUUUCAGGAAUUAUAAUGAUCAAAUGGAUCACCCUGUAUAUUUUUUGCCUUUUGAAAUCCUGAAUAUUUUUCAUGCAAUGUUCCCUAUACCUGAAUGACAUACUUUCAGUCUUAUAGAUUAUAUUAUCUUUGGCAAAGUUAAAAUGAUGCCGAUGGCCAUGACUGCUACAAUAUGUUAUCUAAAAUCCCUAAUUUUUCUACUACUCAAAUGUGGACAUACCUCCCUCUAACAUGAA